AUGCAACAGACGCCGGCCCGAGUGGCAAAAGCCGGUGGCGGCACACCGGCGCCAUAUGGCCAUGCCUCCCACCUGUCCAAUUACUCACCUCACUUCAGGUGUUUUCGGUUGCAAAAGGAUUGCCAGCCGUCAAUACCGAAUCGCAAGCGGGCCCAGAAGAAGGUCCCGGGUUCGAGGACAGCUCAUCUGGAGGAGAAACUGGACGAUCUAGUGUCUCUCAUACGAUCCCAAACUGCUGUCAAAGGACCCAAUGAUUCGCCUCCAGUCCCAACCCCUGGGUCGCUGGGGCCAGGCGGAUCCGAUGUCACGGCCAUUCCCUCCCUCUCAUCAGAUUCAAGUCCCAAUACCGUGAGCAACACGGCCCCAAGCUGCCGCGUGUGGUAUAACGGCGGCAAGAUAGAACCACCCAACAGCGCUGUAGGCCCGGAAUUCGAACACUACGUCCCGGAGAAUGAGGCCGAAGAUCGCCUCGACCUCUUUCGGCGAGAAUUCCCACGGUUUGGCCCGGUCGUCUACAUCCCAGAGACCCUGACCGCAAAAGAGCUUCGCCAGACUCGACCGCUGCUUUGGAUCGCCGUCAUGUCUUGUACGAGCCGCUCCACGAAAGAAUCACAUCUGAUUGGGGACAAAGUCCGGCACAUUGUCUCGGAAAGGGUGGUGCGACAGUAUGACAGGAGCCUGGACUUGUUGCAAGGCUUGUUGGUCUUUCUAUGCUGGCCACACUCACACAAAAAGGAAAACCCCUUUAUAUCGAUCUGGACUGGUAUCGGUGUUAGCUUGGCUCAUGAUCUCGGUCUCACAGCUUUCAAGGCCGAGACGGCUUUCACUUUUAUGAAAAAGCUCGCAUUCGCCGGAAUGAAACAACCACAAACCAAAGAAGGCACGAUGGAGGCGAGAAGGACAUUACUGGCUUUAUUUGUCUGGUGUAAUACGGCAUCCCAGAUGCUGCGGAGGGACAACUAUCUUCGUUGGACACCACACAUGGAGGAAAGUCUCCGUCUUCUAAUAGACCAGCCGGAGUGGGAAGGAGACAAGACCCUCGCCGUACAAGUGCGAUGUGCUCUUAUCUCGGAACAAUUGAAUGAACUCUUGAUACAACAGGCUCUAAAGGGAGACAAUCAGACACCGAUGUACUUCAUCAAAUCUCUUGAUGCGCAAUUGCAAGAAAUUUGGAGGACAUUGCCAGAAACGACGGCAACUCCUCGCUACGACACGAUACACCUCCACAUGUAUGCCACAGAGGUCAUCAUUAACGAACUCGCCAUAAAUCUCCCGCCUUCCACAACCCACACCGACGUCAUAAACCGCCUAGAACGACUGCAGAAGUGCCUGAAGGCCGUCGAGGACUGGUUCGACACCUACAUGCGCACGCCGCCGUCCAUGGCCCUGGGCGGGACGUUCCACCUCUUCGUGCAGCUGGUACACUGCCUCGUCACGCUGAUCAAGCUCAGCAAGCUCGACGACUUCCCGCCGUGGGACCCGGCCGAGGUGCGGCGGCGCCUCGACAUAUUCGACCUGUUUGACCGCCUCUCGGCGCGGAUGGAGUCGAUCAGGACCGCGGUGGGGAUCCGGGAGGACGACGAGCGCGAGGAGAGCAUCUGGUCCAAGUCGGCCAAGGUCAUGCUGAUGAUGAAGACGGGUGUGCAGGCGGACUUUGCCAGUGCCGGCAUCACAAGUGCCGCCAAAGACACUGACCCAGUCGCUGGUACACAACCUCUUGACAACCGGCUGGCGAUGACCACGGGCAAUGACGGGGUAUUGGGAGCGAACCUGCAGCUUAAUCAGGAUGCCCUGACGGGGGAAUAUGUGCACAACUUUGGAGACGAUCCAUGGUUGUCAGCGAUGUUCAUCCCAUGGGACGCGAUGAACUUUUAG